CGCAGCACGAAGUUCGAGAACCGUCGCGUAAAACAAAGUACGGAGAAACCGUCGGAACUGUAAUUGUCAACAGUUAUGUCGUGCUUCGUAUAACUGCUAAUGUCAGUGUGUCAAAGUGUAUUGAAAAUCAAACGAAAGGCGCGUGUCUUAAAUCAAAGAAAUAUAUAAAAACGUGUUUCGACAAGCUGCUGGGCACACUCAACAAAAUCAUUUUUUGAAAAAAGCAAUCAAAUUUGUUGAGUGCAGUUUUGGCCUACAAUAUGAUGGACGUUAGCAGCAUGUACGGCAACCAUCCACAUCAUCAUCCACAUGCUACUGCCACAGCCUACGAUGGCUAUGGCAGCAACUACUUUCCCUCCCCGACCCACCACAUCCAGCAACCGCAGCAGCAGCAGCAACAACAUCAACAACACCAACAGCAGCAGCAGCAGCUGCAACAACACCAGCAACUGGUCUACAAUGGCUACGACAGCAACUCGCCCAAUUACUAUCAGCAACAGCUAACGCCACCGCCAGCCCAACACCAACUGCAACAUCCACUCGCACAGCAGCAACAGCAACAGCAACAGCAUCAGCAACAGCAGCAACAGCAACAACUUUACCCGCACUCGCACCUGUUUAGUCCCAGUGCAGCGGAGUACGGCAUCACAACUUCGGCGGCUGUUGCAACAUCCAAUAGCACUCCAUUACAUCCCACAAGCCACUCGCCUGCCGACUCCUACUACGACAGUGAUUCGGUGAACCCAUACUAUGCCACAGCCGCAGUAGCAACGGUACCACCACCCGCCAACAAUUCGCCGGUGACAGCGACCAAUGCCACGCAGCAACAGCAACAACAGCAGCAACAGCAGCAGCAGGCUCUGGAUGCGCAUGCGCCCAUUAUUAGCUCGGAGAAUGGAAUGAUGUACACUAAUCUGGAUUGUCUCUACUCGCCAAGUGUGGCGCAGACGCAACCGCAUGUCUAUGCCAGCCAAAUGGAGGAGAAAUAUGCUGCAGUGCUGCAUGCGGGCUAUGCGGCUGCAGCACCUGGCAUGCUGCUAGAGGAUCCGUCGGAUGCCAUGUUGCAGCUGGCUGCCGGACAGCAACAGUCGUCGCCACAAAUGUGGCAUCAUCAUCAGCACAUGGGAAGUGGCUACGCCUUGGAUGCAGGCAUCGCCAUGGACUAUCCGCACGCUCAUCUACAUCACAGUCUCAGUCAUGGACAUGUACCCAGCUUAACUGGCAGCGCACACCAGCAACAUCAACAGCAACAGCAACAGCAACAGCAACUACAGCAACAUGCAACCAGUGCUCCUGCUCAGGGCGUGCCACAGCAUUCGAUAUCGCCUAAUAGCUCCAACAACUGUUUGUCUAUGGCACGGAAUCAACGGGGCAGUGGCGUCACCUCACCUGGCAGCUCCACAUCAUCAUCCACCGCAUCUGUGUCCGCAGCUAACUCCACGCACCAAGCGAACUCCCAAUCAAAAUCACCAAAUCACGCGACAAACAUUCCAACGUACAAAUGGAUGCAGCUCAAGCGGAAUGUUCCCAAGCCACAAGCACCGAAACUACCUGCCAACAUGAGCAACAUGCACGAUUACCAGCUGAAUGGUCACCUGGACAUGUGCCGCGGGGGCAGCUCUGCUGUCUUGCCCAUCCAGAAUCCGCUGCUGCCGAACAAUGCGACCACGGGCGUUGGAACCAAUGGCUUGGUCAUUGGCAACGGUGGGGCUGCUGCUGUUGUUGGUGGCAGUGCUGUUGGUGCCUCUGCCGGCGUCGGCCUCAGCAACUGCAGUCUGUCAUCCACGAACAACUCGGGCCGCACCAACUUCACCAACAAGCAGCUGACUGAGCUGGAGAAGGAGUUCCAUUUCAACCGCUACUUGACCCGUGCUCGACGAAUCGAGAUUGCCAACACGCUGCAACUGAACGAGACGCAGGUCAAAAUAUGGUUUCAGAAUCGCCGCAUGAAGCAGAAGAAGCGCGUCAAAGAGGGUCUCAUUCCGGCGGAUAUUAUAACGCAGCACAACGCACCCGUGUUAACUGAAAAGCAGCCUCUACAGCAACAUCAACAGCAACCCGAUUUGAAGACUUCUGAAUUGGCCAGCAAUGAAUUGCCAACAACAGCAGCAGCAGCAGCAUCAGCAGCAGCAGCAACGACAGUGGCCAAAUAGAGUUGAACUAUUUGCAAUCUAGCUAUUGUUUUUGUUGUUGUUGUUGCGGAUGUCAUUGCUGCCGUUGUCGUUGAUCUUGUUGUUUACAAUACCCUGUACCCAUUGGGGAAACUAUCAAGCACUUCCUCGGACUAAGCAUAUCCAUAUACUUAUCUGUCCGUCUGUCUGUUUGCAUGCCAUACCUAACUUAUAUUCCAUAGGACGUAUCCAUUUCUAAUUAGCUACGUGUACAGCUUCCAGAAUCGAUUACUAUCGAUUUCAAGUCAUACAUGAAGUAAAAAGUGUAUUUUCAGUAUUCCCAAUAUACAUUUUGUUGUCCGUCUGCCUGUCCGCUAUCAAAGCUCGGAGCUUUGGACUAGUAUCCCCACAUAUAAUACAAAUCUGACAAAACUACAUAUAUUACAGGUAUUGGAGAAUUACAUUUUAUAUAUAUAUAUCUCAAUGCUUGCUGAGUA